CAGGGCUGGAGACACUUGGCUCCCAAUCAAGUCUGGAGCCCAAGUCAGAUCAGACUCUCCUGAGUCCAGCAGAAGAGACCCUUCCUCUGCCCGGCGGCCUGGAGAGGCUCAGAGAAGCCACCAUGGCAGGAUCCUUUCUCUCCACCGUGGUGAUCCUACUGCUGUCCUUAGUCCUGGGAUCCGCUGGACAAGAAGCUGAGCGUGACAGGGGCGAGGAUAAGAUUAUUGAUGGAGUCCCAUGUCCAAAAGGCUCCCAGCCCUGGCAGGUGGCCCUGCUCAGGGGUGAUCAGCUCCACUGCGGAGGCGUGCUGCUCAACGAGCAGUGGGUGCUCACGGCCGCCCACUGCAUGAUGAGUGAGUACAACGUGCACAUGGGCAGCGAUCAGCUGGAUGAUCCGAGAGCCCAGAAGAUCAGGGCCACAAGGUCAUUCCGCCACCCCAGCUACUCCACGCAGACCCAUGUUAAUGACAUUAUGCUUGUGAAGCUAAAUAGCCGGGCCAGACUGUCAUCAAGUGUGAAGAAAGUCAACCUGCCCUCCAGCUGUGAUCCCCCUGGGACCACAUGUACCGUUUCUGGCUGGGGCACCACCACCAGCCCUGUUGAGACCUACCCAUCGGGGCUCCGGUGCACAGAUGUCAGACUCAUCUCCUCCCAGGAAUGCAAGAAGUUUUACAAGGACCUGCUGGGAAGUUCCAUGCUGUGUGCUGGCAUUCCCAACUCCAAGACCAACGCCUGCAAUGGUGACUCAGGGGGACCACUGAUGUGCAAAGGGACCCUGCAAGGCCUGGUGUCCUGGGGAACUUUCCCUUGCGGCCAACCCAAUGACCCAGGUGUCUACACCCAAGUCUGCAAGUACAUCGGUUGGAUAAAGGAGACCAUAAGAAAGCAUCGCUAAUGCCUCCAUACUCGCAUCUCUCCAUCCCUACGCCCUGAACAGGAAAUUCACAGAAACGUUGAUGACCUACAGUCAUAUUUGGCUUUACCUCUCCUCAAAGACAUAUUAAAACUUCAACAAUAUGCCAUGUGUGUAAACCAAUCAAAUUAGCAAGGACCUAAAACCAGAACAAGAAACACAAAAACCUCAGUGCUGGUAAAGAUGCAGUGAAACCAGUAGUCUCAACCACUGAAACUGAAAAUCAUACCAUUUUUGUGGUAGGCGGGUUGGUAAGGUGAAUUGAGACCUUUAUUCACCACCUUUGACCCAGUAGUUCUCGUUCUGGGAAGACACUACUGCUGAAAAAAAAUCCAAA